GAGGCACCAGAUGUUAUGCCAGUCCGGACCGCGCCAGCACAUGCACGCGACGACGAAGAAAAAACAGCGCUGCCAAUGGGAGAACCAGGAGCUGCUAGCGGUUCAUCCGUUACUAACCAUACAGGACCCGCACCUAACUUGGGCGCUGGUGCUCCUGUUGCUCCCGCUCCAGAAGCACCGGAAGCAGCCGAAGGAAACGGCAAAUCAGAAGGCAGUGGCACCGAGUACGUUAUCGUUUCAAACUAACAUCCGCAGAUUUUGCAUUAUUUCCCGAUGUCCCCCUAUAUUCUAA